AUGCCCCGUGUGAAACUUAUGGUUCGCCGUCAACAUGGCUCCUCAAGCACAGUACUCUCCCGCCCCGCCUUAAUAGGCAUCGCGCUUGGCGGAAGCGUGAUACUUUUCUUGGCCCUAUCUCACCUCUUCAUUGUCCUGGGACGACGACGGGAUCGCAAGCGUCUCACUCUCCUCCAAACAGCUGCACGUUCAGAGCUGUCGAUUCUCUAUGAAACACCAUUGUUUUCACACGAGCUAGUUGUCCCGCCAAAAAAUGGCCGCCUAAGGAAGAAGAGCCUCGGUAUCAGCACCCAGAAUCUCGUGGUACUCGAUGGAGAAGUGCGUAUCAUGAAUAAGGAAGACAUCGGAACGACGAGUCAGACCGUUCUUCCGCCUGUCCUUCCGCCUGUCUUUUCUAGGAAACAGAGCUAUGAUCUGAAUAUGUUCCUGCCGAACAGGACUGAGGACGGCGGAAGUACAACGCCCACUAAGAUUCAAGACUGUGAGAUGUUAACAGGAGAAAUUCAUGGACCAAGCAAGCAGGGUAGCGCGGAAGCAUCCCGUAUGAGGAAAAAGAGCCUGUGGAUUGACGAGGAUGCAUUGCAUGGGCCGAGAGUUUGUCCAGCAAGUCAUAGUGAUAAGAGUAAGAAUGGGAGAUUGUCGUGGAUCACAGGCUGGAGCCUAGGAAAUAAAUUGGGCUUGAGCCAACAUUUUAGCGACUCGUCCGUCUUCAAAAGUCCGACUAUACCGCAGAUGGAGCAUGAAGGCAGUGGGUAUUGUGGGCGUGGGAGGCUAAGGGAACGAACUUCUAUGAAACACAAGGAAGACGAAACGGUAGCCACGCCUUCUCGCACUGUUCUGCAGGGUAAUCCGUUGGGAAAAGGACAGUAUGGUCCAUCGCGGACAAUGACUACCAGCGCAUCAACAGCGGCGCCGACAGCACGCGUACCUGAAGCGCCAUCCGAGACAAUCAACAAUCCAAGACUCAGGGAAAACGUUGCUCAUGAGGCGGCACAGGAGCUUGCUGGAAGCGCCCGCGUUCCGAUUCCGCAGAGGCCACAGGCACCAAAGCACAGCGCUACCGAUACGGAACUGACUGAAAUUCUGAGAAUGACGACCGAAAGGCUUCGUGACAGUGAAAGAAGCUCGAGGAGACGGCUUAUAUUCAUUCAAGCAAAGAAUGGCGGUUUCAUCCCCUUGAGCACAGAACCAGCCACCGCGAACAACAGACCAAGUCCGGUCAAGAGUCAGAAGAGCGCCCCAGCAGUGAUGUAUACUGAGCUAGAGGCUAUUGAUGCGAUCCUGGAUGAAGGUUUACCAGGAUCACAUGUUUCACGACACAGUAGACAAGUCUCCCAGAUGUCUUGGAUCUCCGAGCCGGACAGCUUGGUUACACCAAGACGAGUUUCGCAGCCGGAACAUACCACUCCUCUGUCAAGUCCCAGUCGAAAUAUCCAAACCACAGAGCCAAGAAGUCAAGAAGAUAGCUUACAGCCAAUACACCCCUUGCGGCCUGCUUCAGUUGCAAGUUCGCACUCCUCAGCGCUUUCGACACUGUAUAGCGAGGAUGAGGACCAUGGGGGUGAAAGUUCAACCCAGUUAACAUAUGCAGGACUAGCAUGUCUUCCUACCGCUAGUAAGAGUACAACAACAGCACGGCCCAUAACUCCUGGAGUCCCCUUCGAGGAAGGAAAAGUCCCAUAUCUUGGGCCUUUCGACGUGAGAAGGACCACACUUGGACAAUUAUCAAUACCACGAUCUCUUCCAGAGGUCCCAACUGUCGAGAACGCAAAAUUGGUCAAGGCUUGGCUCCCACAAGAGACGUCACUGCAAUUCAACAUAUAUACCUUGGAUGUGCCCUGUGAAGACGACCCCUUCAUAGCAGUAACACCACCAUCGCAGGAUCCUGUCCGACUAUCACAGGUCUUCACAUCCAUCCCAUUAAGCAUGAACUAUGCUGGCGAUGAUCCGAGAUCCAAGGAUGAUAUCGUGAAUGGCCCCUUCCCGGUAGUGAGGUCAACGAAAUUAAAUGACAGCCCAACUCCGUCCCCGAAGAGCCAUCGACAUGUGCCGCCUCCUCAGGCUCUACGUCCCAUGAUGAGUUCACCAACACUGGGUAAUUCGCCGCGUCGGCCCAGCCCGGUGCUGUCAGAAGGCGGACUGUCGUCCGUCUACGAGCAUUAUGCGUUCAGCAGCGGCGCGAGCGCAACGCUCGACCACAGCACGGCGACUCUGAGCGCCAUCCGCAUGGACGACAGCCUACCCCCACCAAGUACCGGCGACACCCUAGGCCCUGAAAGGCCGAAGAGUAAUCGGACUCGGCCUGGGGCUCUGGGGAGCGCGGUCGUGGGUGCUGCACAGUCAAGGAAGCGUGCCGAAAGCCCCAGAGCGGCAGAACCCGCGCUCUUUAGAGAUCACCACCGUCGAGGCGAAGAUGCGGGCGGCGAGGACGCGCGAGAGCUUGCCGACGACGACAAUGAUGAUGACAUCGUGCCCCCUCUCCGGAACCCAGCGCGUCCGACUUCCAAGGUCGUGAAUACCAUCGCCGAGUUGAGGCGGAUGAACAGCGCUGUCAGCGCCAUCAGCUCCGUGAGCGGUUGUGGUUCCGUUGCGGCGGAACGCAGUCCCACGCUGCUGGCCGCGCGUGGCGGAGGGUUCAGCCCGGGUCUGAAGAAUGGGGGAACGAGGAAUUAUCUCGCCAUGGGCGGCCCGGGUAGUGCGUCUGGAACUAGGAAGAGCGGCGGUUCGAGCAGCUUGGUGACUGGCGACAGGGAGAUGGGGACCUCUGCUCUGACAAGGACGGGCACGCGGUCGCGGAGAGGGACGGUGGUUGAUGGCGGUAACAGGAGGGGUGGUGAACUAGACGGCAAGCUACGGGAACUGACCCCGAAGGGCAUCUUGAGAGAAGGAAGUGGUGGUAAUGUUGUGCCGGCAGCUAACGGAAGGGACGGAAACGAUAAGGGGGACAAGCCGUGA